UUAAGUAUAUCAUUACGUCACCUGACUGGACUACAAUCCACUUGGAAUUGCUCGUUUAUUUAAAGCUGAAAAUUUUUCAUUUCACGACAUUUCUCGGUACAACUCGAUUCUAUGCAGCUUCACUAAACGACGACCACAGAUUAAAUAACUCAAAAUUAAUUUAGAGAGGCCUCUCAAUAUGGCUAAGAAUAUUAUUAUUUUACUUGUCAUUACUUUGACAAUAAUGGGCAGCCAAUUCAAUGAAGCGUAUGGUGCUUCCACUGCCCGAGUAGGGCAGCAGGUAUUCUUCGCAGAGGCAAAUAUUAUGAUGACCUUCUUUGGGAUAUUUAAUCAGAAAGCGUACUACCUCGACCGAGCUGGGGCAACGCAACCCAAUGCACGUGAAAAUUGUAAAAAUUUGGGAAUGAAACUUCUGAGACUUGAAAAUAUGGAAGAAGCCCACUGGUUAGAACCCGCAACUGAAAACGUUCCUGAGAAUGGUAUAUGGACAGAUGGAAUUAAUAAUAUUGUGGCGGCUUCAUUUGAUUGGAGAACUGAUAAAAGCCGAGUAUCGGAAUCGUUGAGAAUUGUACAAGGGGUACACCAUGGCCUAGUCAUGUACAAAGGGCGUAGUGGUGCCCUUAGAGAGAGGGGAAUGGGUGCUACCGUGGGAUACGUUUGCUAUAUGCAUAUGGCCAAGACGGGUCAACCAACAGUAAUGGAUUAUCAAAUUGGCUUCGAGGAAUUUGAUACUGCUGAGGCUAAUAAUGACACCAUUAGUGCAAAUAAUGGAAUAGAAAUAAGUAGCUCCAGUCCAAAAAUAUCCUUUAUUGGACGAUACGGGAAAAAAUCGUACUUUCUUGAAAAUACGGCAAAGGUGACUCAAACUUAGCAAGGAAUAACUGUGCAAAUAUGGGGAUGCGACUGGCAACUAUAGAUUCUCAAGGGGAACUAGAAUGGAUUGUUUCCGUCACAGCUGUUACAGAUCGUCCACUGUGGACGGACGGUGUGGUCAAAGAGGUUCCAUCCUCGUACAGAUGGUUCUCUGAUAAUGUACCUUUGUCGAAUGAUGUGCGUGUCGUUGACUAUACUCAUUUCGGAUUGGAAAUCAUAGAUGGUGCAAUUUUACGUAGCACGUCUAACGAGCCACCAUACAAAAAGAAUGUCUUGUGCUAUAUGGAAACAUCUUAAGAAGGUUUAAUUAAAAUCGUCCUAAUUAACAUUCUGGUUCCCUUGAUGAAUUAGUAUGAAGCCUAAAAUUAAUGCGACAUUAGGGUGUCCCAACUUUAUAAAAAAAAUCGCUUUUUCCGCUCACGAUUUUUUCGCUCUUUUUGUAAACCGCACUGCGCAUGCGAUUCCGAUCUUUUUUCCGCUUUUUCUGCUCAAAAAUAAAAUCUACUUUAAGAUGAUUUUUUCGCUCUUUUUACUACUUUGAGUGAAAAAUCAGUCUCUCAGAGACAUGUUUAAGGGGACAUCACGCGAUUUUGAUGCUCUAUGGAUAUGUUGUAAUAGCAAAUGAGUGUAUGGAAAGUGAAUGAGGAUUUUACUCCAUGGCCCCACCUGCGCCCGCCACACCCCCUGAAAAGCAUUGCAACCACUAAAACUACCGCAUUCAAACCUUUGCCAAAAAUCCUAUUUUCAUCCCAUUUUGGUAAUUUUUGGAUUUACAUGAUCUUAGAUAGUUGUUUUAUCAUAUCCAACAUGAAGCAAAUUUAAAUUUUAACAGAAACUCGAAAGUUUCCUGACCACCCAUUCUCUCCUCCUGAGUAUUCAAGCUAUAAAAAUCGGGACAGUCAAGUAUUGAGCGAAAAAAGCGGAUUUCAGAUUUUUUAGCUUUUCGCUUUUUUAGAUCUUUUUUACAAACUUGGGAGACCCUAUUGUAUAAACAUGUGAUGAUAAGGCUCAUUUAACAAUAUAAAUUUAUUAGAACUUCAGUCUAAUUUGUAACGAAUUUGACAUUUUUGUGGAGACAAUAAAUAGUAUAACAAUUUAGCCUA